GCAGCCCGGGCGGGCGCCGGCCGCUGGCGCCGCUACUGCUGCCGCCCCCGGGGCGCGAGUCCGCCUCUCCCCGCCCGGGGACCCGGCAAGGGGCGGGCGCAGCCCCAAACAGGCCGGGGAUCGUUCCUGCUUCGGUCUCACGCUUCCAGGAAAGUUUGUCCCUUUGCACUCCGCCGAGCUGCUACGGGAACCCCGCCGCUACGAGGGUUUCCCCAACAGUUCCUGCUGGUGUGGCCAGGCCCCAAGUGUAGAAUGGGGCUCUCCGUUCAAGGGCCAGUGGCAGCCAGAACUGAUACAGCCCCCUUAGUCUGGGGCCAGGACGCCAGCUGAGGAGGGCAGGAGUGUCUGAAGCUAUGGCUGGUGCCUCAGUGAAAGUGGCAGUGAGGGUUCGACCCUUCAAUGCCCGUGAGACCAGCCAGGAUGCCAAAUGUGUUGUCAGCAUGCAGGGCAACACCACCUCUAUCAUCAAUCCCAAACAGAACAAGGAUGCCCCAAAAAGCUUCACCUUCGACUAUUCCUACUGGUCACACACUUCGGCCGAGGACCCGCAGUUUGCAUCUCAGCAGCAGGUAUAUCGAGACAUUGGGGAAGAGAUGUUGCUCCAUGCCUUUGAAGGCUACAAUGUGUGCAUCUUUGCCUAUGGGCAAACAGGGGCUGGGAAGUCCUACACCAUGAUGGGGCGCCAGGAGCCAGGGCAGCAGGGCAUUGUGCCUCAGCUCUGUGAGGAUCUCUUCUCUCGUAUUAGUGAGAACCAGAGUUCCCAACUCUCCUAUUCUGUGGAGGUGAGCUACAUGGAGAUCUAUUGUGAGCGGGUACGAGACCUCUUGAACCCCAAGAGUCGGGGGUCUCUGCGAGUCCGGGAGCACCCCAUCCUGGGCCCCUAUGUUCAGGACCUGUCUAAAUUGGCUGUGACCUCCUAUGCAGACAUUGCCGACCUCAUGGACUGUGGCAAUAAGGCGAGGACUGUGGCUGCCACCAACAUGAAUGAGACUAGCAGCCGUUCCCAUGCUGUCUUCACCAUCGUCUUUACACAGCGCUCCCAUGAUCAGCUCACUGGCCUGGACUCGGAGAAGGUCAGUAAGAUCAGUUUGGUGGACCUUGCUGGGAGUGAGCGGGCUGACUCCUCAGGAGCCCGGGGCAUGCGUCUGAAGGAAGGUGCUAAUAUCAAUAAGUCCCUAACUACUCUAGGGAAGGUGAUCUCCGCCCUUGCAGACAUGCAAUCAAAGAAGCGGAAGUCGGAUUUUAUCCCUUAUCGGGACUCUGUGCUCACCUGGCUGCUCAAGGAGAAUUUGGGUGGGAACUCACGCACAGCGAUGAUUGCAGCCCUGAGUCCCGCUGACAUCAAUUACGAGGAGACUCUCAGCACCCUCAGGUAUGCUGACCGCACCAAGCAAAUUCGCUGCAAUGCCAUCAUCAAUGAGGACCCCAAUGCCCGACUGAUUCGAGAGCUGCAGGAGGAGGUGGCCCGACUGCGGGAGCUGCUGAUGGCUCAGGGCCUCUCAGCCUCUGCUUUGGGAGGCCUGAAAGUGGAAGAGGGGAAUCCUGGAGGUGCUCUCACAGCUGCAUCGUCUCCCCCUACCCCAACUUCACCCUCAUCUCCCCCUGCACAUAAUGGGGAGCUGGAGCCCCCAUUCUCUCCCAAUGCUGAGUCCCAGAUUGGGCCUGAGGAGGCCAUGGAGAGGCUACAGGAGACAGAGAAGAUUAUAGCUGAGCUGAAUGAGACCUGGGAGGAGAAGCUGCGCAAGACUGAAGCCCUGAGGAUGGAGAGAGAAGCAUUGCUGGCUGAGAUGGGGGUGGCCGUCCGGGAGGAUGGGGGAACCGUGGGCGUUUUCUCACCAAAGAAGACACCCCACCUGGUGAACCUGAAUGAGGACCCACUGAUGUCUGAAUGUCUGCUUUACCACAUCAAAGAUGGUGUCACCAGGGUUGGCCAGGUAGAUGUGGACAUCAAGCUGACUGGACAGUUCAUCCGGGAACAGCACUGUCUAUUCCGCAGCAUCCCUCAGCUGGACGGAGAAGUGGUAGUCACACUGGAGCCUUGUGAAGGAGCUGAGACUUAUGUCAAUGGGAAGCUUGUGACAGAGCCGUUGGUGCUGAAAUCAGGGAAUAGGAUUGUGAUGGGCAAGAACCACGUUUUCCGCUUCAAUCACCCGGAGCAGGCGCGGCUUGAACGGGAACGAGGGGUCCCUCCACUCCCAGGACCACCCUCUGAGCCUGUUGACUGGAACUUUGCUCAGAAGGAACUGCUGGAACAGCAAGGCAUCGACAUCAAGCUGGAGAUGGAGAAGAGGUUGCAGGAUCUGGAGAAUCAGUACCGGAAAGAAAAGGAAGAGGCCGACCUGCUGCUGGAGCAGCAGCGACUGUAUGCGGACUCUGACAGCGGGGACGACUCUGACAAGCGUUCCUGUGAAGAGAGCUGGCGACUGAUCUCCUCCUUGCGGGAGCAACUACCCCCCACCACAGUCCAGACCAUUGUCAAGCGCUGUGGCCUGCCCAGCAGCGGCAAGCGCAGGGCUCCUCGCAGGGUUUACCAGAUUCCGCAGCGGCGGAGGCUGCAGGGCAAAGACCCCCGCUGGGCCACCAUGGCUGACCUGAAGAUGCAGGCAGUCAAGGAGAUAUGCUAUGAGGUGGCCUUAGCUGACUUCCGCCAUGGGCGCGCUGAGAUUGAGGCCCUGGCCGCCCUCAAGAUGCGGGAGUUGUGUCGCACCUAUGGCAAGCCCGAGGGCCCCGGAGAUGCCUGGAGAGCCGUGGCCCGGGAUGUCUGGGACACAGUGGGAGAGGAGGAAGGAGGUGGAGGUGGCAGUGGAGGCGGGGAGGAAGGAGCCCGCGGCGCAGAGGUGGAGGACCUGCGGGCGCACAUUGACAAGCUGACCGGGAUUCUGCAGGAGGUGAAACUGCAGAACAGCAGCAAGGACCGCGAGCUGCAGGCCCUGCGUGACCGCAUGCUGCGCAUGGAGCGCGUCAUCCCCUUGGCUCAGGAUCAUGAGGAUGAGAGCGAAGAAGCUGGUGAGGUCACCUGGGUCCCACCUGAAGGGUCUGAGGCAGUAGAGGAGGCAGUGUCUAGUGACCGAUCAUCCUCUGCCCGGCCCCCCUCACCACCCCUGUCCAGCUGGGAGCGGGUGUCGCGGCUGAUGGAGGAGGACCCUGCCUUCCGUCGUGGCCGCCUUCGCUGGCUCAAGCAGGAGCAGCUGCGGCUGCAGGGACUGCAGGGCUCUGGGGGCCGGGGUGGGGGGCUGCGUAGGCCCCCGGCCCGCUUUGUGCCCCCACAUGACUGCAAGCUCCGCUUCCCAUUCAAGAGCAAUCCCCAGCACCGGGAAUCCUGGCCAGGGAUUGGGAGCGGGGAAGCCCCAGCUCUACCCCAGCCCACGGAGGAGGUGACUCCCCCUCCGGCCACCCCUGCCCACAGACCUCCAAGUCCUCGCAGGUCCCAGCGUCCCCGCAGGAACUCCCUGGAUGGAGGGGGCCGAUCCCGGGGAGGGGGUUCUACACAGCCAGAACCCCAGCACUUCCAGCCCAAAAAGCACAACUAUUAUCCCCAGCAACCCCAACCCUACCCAGCCCAGCGGCCCCCAGGGCCCCGCUACCCCCCAUACACUACUCCCCCACGAAUGAGACGGCAGCGCUCAGCCCCUGACCUUAAGGAGAGUGGGGCAACUGUGUGAGUCCCACAUCCUGGGCAGGGAGGGCUAGAUGCUGGCCUUGCUGAGAGAAGGAGGAGGCUGGAGGCAGAGCUUCCCCAGAAGCCCUGGGGCAGAGAGGCCAGAGAGGAAAGAAAGGUCUGAGUAGGUGAUAGAAGACGUGAGGAGCCGAGCCGGAGGCUGAGGGAAGGAAGAGGGCACGGAGUUGCCUGGAGCAAACCAAAGUGAAGGAAGAGCAAUAGGAAGCCGCCUUGGGGCCCCCCUUGCAGAAGGGGUCCCCACAAACGCUGCUAUGGGUGGGUGGGGGGCUAGGGGCUGCAUAGCCAGUGUUUGACUCUUGGAUUGGGUGCAAAAGGGAGAGAACCAAGAGUGAGGUGGGUUCUCCUCCCCAGCCCCUGUCUGUCUGUCUAUCUGUGGUGGGUUUCUGUUUCCAGGGAGGUGUGGUGGGAUCCUAAGUCAUUCCCCUCUCCUUCCAGACCUCUUGCUAUAUUUGGGAGUCCUGUCUGGUUUGGCUGGAGUCCCAUGAGGAUGUGGGAUCCGUUAAUAAAGGGUAGCAAAGAGGGA